UCGCUAUAGAAUACAUUAGUUGUGGAGAAAAACUGUGCUAACUUGGCAUCCCAAAGCGAAAAGCAGCACGAUCUGUAUGGCCCCGAGUAUUUCGAUGUCUUCUGUGUGCGCUGGUUUGAAAAGUGAAGACACUGCUUCACGUGUCAGUCUCGGCCAAAAGUGCGAGAUGCAGACGAACCUGAGCCCGUCGGUGGAGGACGUGCGGAAGACUAAAGUAGCGAUCCUGCCGUUCAGCGUGGAGGCUCUGAUGGCAGACCGGAAACCGAGCAGAGACAGCCAGCCAACCGCUGAAGCACCUAUCGCCGGGACGUCACACUCGCUCAGUCCUGGGAUGGGAUCUCUAUCAAGCGCGGAUGGGGUUGUUUCUCCUCUGGCCAUCGGAGCCUCUUUUUCAGUUGGAGGGAUUAUGAAAAUGCACGAAGACGCACUGGUUAAGGUGGAAAGCCCGGAGCAGCAGGACCGGACCUCGUGGAUGCAGAACCCUCGUUUCUCCCCAACCCCUCCAAGACGGCUCAGUCCUCCUGCGUGCCCUCUGAGAAAACACAAAACUAACCGAAAGCCUCGAACUCCAUUCACCACGUCCCAGCUGCUCGCGCUGGAGAGGAAGUUUCGCCAAAAGCAGUAUCUGUCCAUCGCGGAGCGCGCAGAGUUUUCUAGCUCGCUAAAUCUCACGGAGACGCAAGUGAAGAUCUGGUUUCAGAACCGGCGCGCCAAGGCCAAAAGGCUUCAGGAGGCGGAGUUGGAAAAACUGAAAAUGGCUGCCAAACCGAUGUUACCUCCAGCCUUCGGGAUUUCCUUCCCGCUCGGUGCCCACAUGCCCGGGUCCUACGGAGCCUCGCAUCCAUUCCAGAGACAUUCUAUGCCCGUGUCACCCGUUGGACUGUACGCAGCGCAUGUAGGAUACAGUAUGUAUCACUUAACAUAAGACUUGGGGUUAACCUCUUGUCCAAACUUCUUUCAGCUCGGUGAGACAGAUCUGCAGGAAUCUAAGUGGGACCUAUUGCAAGAAUUAAUCGAGCAACUUUCGUCACCGACUAACACUUCCAGCAGGCUGCGGAUGGAAGGCUUACAACCCUCUGGGCAACUUGUAUAGACAUUUCUUCGUUACCUUAUGUGCCAUGGUGGGGAGCCAAAAAACACAAUUUAACUGCCAAAGGCCUUUUUAUCUAGGCCUAUAUAAAUACUAAUUGUGAGCGCGAGUGACGAUAAGCAGCACGUAACAGUCCUAAAGGUAGGUUUUGGUUCUCCUCAUCAUUACAACGAGGACUGUAUGCACUCCAUUGUAUAAACAUCAUAUGCUUCUAUUUAUAUGCAUUCAUGGUAAUGCGUUUAUCAAUACCUAGUCAUUAAAAAAAGAUGCCGAAUCCGAAGACCAUAAACUUUAAGAAAUUAACAGCACUGACUGUUUCAGUGGUUCCCUUCGAAAGGGAUAUUAUGUACUGUAAAAGAUUGUAUAUUUGAAAAAAAAACAUUUAUAUUAUGAAUAUAUUUGUUGAAUAAAUUAAUAAUAAAUUG